UCGCGCGCUCCCGGCCGCUCGCUGGCUGUGGGGCCGUGGCGGCUCCUCUCCCGGGUCGCGCGGGAGGAAGGGCCUCGGGCGGAGGCUUGGGCGGCCUGCGGACUGACGGACGGACGGGUGGGCCGAACUGCAGGCCCCGCGCCCGCGGUCUCCCCUCCGCCAGCGCUGGGCCGCGCUAUGGCCGCCUCGCCGGGCUCGGGCAGCGCCAACCCGCGGAAGUUCAGUGAGAAGAUCGCGCUGCACACGCAGCGGCAGGCCGAGGAGACGCGGGCCUUCGAGCAGCUCAUGACCGACCUCACCCUGUCGCGGGUUCAAUUUCAGAAGCUUCAGCAACUGCGCCUGACACAGUACCACGGCGGUUCCUUACCGAAUGUGAGCCAGCUGCGUAGCAGUGCGUCAGAGUUUCAGCCGUCAUUUCAUCAAGCUGACAGCUUGCGGGGAACCCGCCACCACGGGCUGGUGGAGAGGCCAUCCAGGACCCGCUUCCACCCCCUUCACCGAAGGUCUGGGGACAAGCCAGGACGACAAUUUGAUGGUAGUACUUUUGGAGCCAACUACUCCUCUCAGCCCCUGGAUGAAAGCUGGCCAAGGCAGCAGCCUCCUUGGAAAGAAGAAAAGCAUCCUGGGUUCAGGCUGACAUCUGCACUUAACAGGACCAAUUCUGAUUCUGCCCUUCACACGAGUGCUCUGAGCAUCAAGCCCCAGGACCCCUAUGGAGGAGGAGGCCAGUCGGCCUGGCCGGCCCAGUACCUGGGUUUCUGUGAUGGUGAGAAUGAUGGACAUGGGGAAGUGGUAUCUUUCCCGGGGCCAUUGAAAGAAGAGAAUCUGUUAACUGUUGCCAAGCCACUGCCAAAACAACUGUGGGAGACCAAGGAGGUUCAGUCUCUGUCGGGGCGCCCUCGGUCCUGUGAUGUCGGAGAUGGCAAUGCUUUUCCACACAACGGUCAAAACAUAGGCCUCUCGCCAUUUCUGGGGUCCCUGAACACUGGGGGUUCAUUGCCAGAUCUGACCAAUCUCCACUACUCGGCACCCCUGCCAGCCUCCCUGGACGCCGGUGACCACGGCUUUGGUAGUAUGAGCAUGGGGAAUAGUAUGGGCAACCUUCCUGCUGCUAUGACUCACCUGGGCAUAAGAAGCUCUUCUGGUCUCCAGAGUUCCCGGAGUAACCCCUCCAUCCAGGCCACGCUCAACAAGGCGGCGCUUUCCUCUUCCCUGAACAGCCACCAGCAGAUAUCUGCCCCCAACGCCUCUGCUCUUCACCCUUCACUCCGUCUCUUUUCCCUCAGCAACCCAUCUCUUUCCACCACAAACCUGAGCGGCCCCUCUCGGCGCAGGCAGCCUCCCGUCAGCCCCCUCACACUUUCUCCUGGCCCUGAAGCACAUCAAGGAUUCAGCAGACAGCUCUCUUCAACUAGCCCACUGAACCCAUAUCCCUCCUCACAGAUGAUGUCCUCUGAUCGAAGCCCGCUUUCCUUCCUGCCCACAGAAGCUCAAACUCAAGUGUCCCCCCCGCCCCCUUACCCCACCCCCCAGGAGCUGCCCCAGCCCCUCCUACAGCAGCCCCGCGCCCAGGAGCUCCCCACUCAGCAGGCACAGGCAGCCUCAGCGCUGCCCCAGUCAGACUUCCAGCUCCUGAACGCCCAGGGCUCAUCUUUGACCAACUUCUUCCCACCUAUGAGCUUUGACCAGCAGUCCAUGAGGCCAGGCCCAGCCUUUACUCAACAGGUGCCAUUGGUGCAACAAGGUCUCCGAGAACCACCGGAUCCAUUUCAUUUGAGACCAAACUUGUAUUCCAACUGUGGGAAUUUCCCAAACACCAUCCUGACAGAAGACUCGAAUUCCAGCCUGUUCAGAGAUCUCAGCAGUGCACUGGCGGGCAUGCCCGAGGCCAGCUUGAACAUGGACACUCCGUUUCCAGUGGAAGAAGAGCUGCAGAUUGAACCCCUGAGCCUGGACGGACUCAGCAUGCUGAGCGACUCCAGCAUGGGCCUCCUUGACCCCUCCGUGGAAGAGACAUUUCGAGCGGACCGGCUCUGAACAGAAUGGAAUGGAAUGGGAAAAUUUAUAUCUGAAACAGCCAAAAUAGAACGGACUAGAAUGGAGCCAGCGACACCCCUGGGCUUUAGUUAUCUUGGGCUAAUGACAUGGAAGGAACCAGUUCCACGGCUCCUCGCUUUCAUGAGGCCCCAUCUCAGACACUGGGGCUUAUUCUAGACCACAGCGCUACGCACUGCCUCUCGGGCUUGUGGCACAGGUUAUGUUGCUGCAGGCAGGCUGCUUCGGAGUUUCCAAUGAAUUGGUCAUCACUAUGACCCUCGCCUCUUUUUACUGACCCUCUAGUCGGUCAGUGAGAAAAAGCAGAAAAUACCAUGCAACGGAGGCCCCAGCAGCACUGGGUAGUUCUCAGAACCACUGAUGUCAACACUGAAGAAGGAGCUGGCUGGAGUGGGGGCUCUGAGGGGCCGCGGGCCGCGGGAGUUAGCGUGGCAUCAAGCAGCAGUGCCAUGUGCCUUCUCUGACCAGCUGUCCUGGGGGUGCCAGCCAGCUGCUGGUCGGGUGCCCAUGGCGGAGCGGGAGCCACGGCUCCCUCAGGUGCCUUAAUUCUCAUAUGAAGAAGGAUUUCACCAGGGGUCCAAGAACAGACUCGAGUUAAGCAAGCUGAAUGCUCAUUGGUUUUCUUCCCAUUUGUAAUCUCUUUUCUGCUGCUUCAGUUCACCUUUUCCUACGGACAGGAGGAAAAGGAAGACUGUUUUAUUCAGUCACUGAAAAACAAAAAGGCCCUUGGUAAAGGACCAGACUGGAGAAAGAACAGGGCUUCUUCUUGGUGGCUGCAGAAGUGAGAGGGCGGCCUGCGGGUAUGUUGCAGACACACGACGUCCUUCGGACAAGUUCCGGACCGGCUCCAAACCCGUACAGGCCUCCCUCUCUCCACACCGGGUGGAGGAACGGCUAGAGGUUUGAAUCAGACUCAGCCAGCAGCUGAGCAGUAGCAGAGCAAAGCUCUGUGAAUGGGAGUGUUAAUGUAACUCCACUGGACCGCAAGCUCCUUGAGGGCAGGCACUGUGCCUUAUUCAUCAAUGAACCCCUCAUACCAACAAGUGCCUGGUACUGCACAGGUGCUGUGUAACUGCGUGUGGAAUGCAUGCACGAGUGAACGAAUGGAUGCAUGGAUGAUUCUGCCUGCUGUACGGCAGUCUAAUCUUUAACUGUCCCUAUUCCUUGCCAAAUCUUUUCAGAGCUUUAGCUUUUCUAACACUUGUGCCUGUGGUUAAGUCAAGCAUGCACUUUAAUAUGCUUUCAACACUAGGUGACCAAAUCCAUCAUUAGACUGGGAACCCGUUCUCCUCGAGGUUUUGCUACAGAGCAGGUAGGUGCAAACUGUCUUCUGAGAGCUUCCAGAAAGGCUGAGCAAGCCGAGGCCUCCCGAGUGUUAGGGGCUUAGGGGUUCUGGCAGGCCCCACCUCCAAAGAUCUUCCCUCUCAGAUCCGUGUUUUGCUCUAAAUUGUUUCAAAAUAGAGAUUCGUUCUUUGAGGUUGAAGAAAUUCUGUAGUAAAAUGAAGGCCUAAUUCUUGAAACCACCAUUAGUCAUUAAUACUGGAGCAUAAAAUAGUAUUAUCAGAUUUCUGCCACUGCCUGCCCCUCUGACUCAGGCUAGGUCAGCCCCUGACCAGAACCCUGAUGGGUGAGUGUGAAGGGGGCAGGCGGACGAGGCCAAGCACUCCCGGGGCGGGGGUUCUGGGCGGAAUGCGGGCAUGUGGGACAAGGGGGGGGGGCACGGACACUCAAGGAGAAGUGAAAGAGGCCGGUACCUUUGCCCGGACAGCCGCUGCCCUUUCAGGAGCUACCAGGAGUGUCCCUGAAGGUCACUAGGCUACUCCCAGCCCAGAGAAGCAGUCUGGGCUAUGUGGGUCUGAAUCGGACACAUCUGUGCCUUAUGGCAAGAGGAGUCUGUCACGAUCCUGGGCUGCUCACCUCGCCAGACCGCCUCCCAUUCCUCUUCUAUCUCCAGAGGGAUUGUCUGCCCUCUGAGCUUUCCACCAGCCCUGAUGGUGUACGACUCCAUCUUUCUCUGUGGAACCCGAGUGUUCCCAUUCGCUUCAGCCCCCAGUCCCCACUGGUGAAUUAGGAAAUCAAACCAGAGUCCUCGCCGAGCGCUGGCUCAGUUGGCCUCCUCUUCCCAGCUUUCUUCCCCGUUAAACUUUCAGAUCCCUUUAUACUUGAGAUCUCGGGGGUAGAGGGUGAGUCUUUGUUCAAGUAAAAAGUCUUUCCUUGUAGCGGUACACAGCACCCCUGUGUGCCGAAAGAAGCGAGCUCCUUGCUGCCUUUCCGUGUCCAAGGCCCCCGACAUCUGGUCCGGCCUUUCAGACAGGGAGUGGUGCUGAAGUUAUAAGAGGUUUUUGUUCAAAGUGGAGGUCCCAGCAUAAUCCACUCGGCGCAGUGCCUUACCCGGGGGGGUCUUUCUUUGUCUGCGGGCAGCCCCGCCUUACAGCUGGAGACCCCGAGACCUACAUGAAAAUAGGUGCUGCCCCUGGGGCUUUCUCCGUGUGACUCAUGGACAUGGAGGCUCCCAGGAAAAGUGACUUGUUUGGGGGAGUAUAAUGACGACAAUAAGGUUUAGCACUGAAUUAAAUUUGUCCUUAGGUCCAUCAGUCCGAUCUUUUCCUGUGAAAAGAUUUUGGGCAUUAUACAACCCACUUUGCUUAGAUGGUGUCGGACAACCGUGGACAGGUGUCGCUCUGGCCUUCGGCGGGUAAGUGCACUCACUGCUGCCUUUGCAACACAGCGGGCGUGGUCCUCCGCAUCUGAAGUGGCUGCGUACUGCAGAAUCAGCUACUUUUCAAUAUUUAGUUUUGUUACAAGAAAUCGUUGGCUCUACUACUCUCAUUUACUAGCAGUUAAACAGCAUAGAACUAAAAAACCUAUCUGUGUUUUCCAUUGUUUUCUUUCUGUACGGUUGUGGUUUUUAGGACAUAAGGUGUUAGGAGAAAAUUUUCUUGAUCAUGUCAAGAUGAACAUAAGUUCUCCUUUGUCCUGUUUCAUUUCUCCUAAGUCUACUGUAUAUUACCUGAGCUGAACUGUUGUGUAUUCCAGUCCAUUUGCAUAUUUCAAGACAUUUCCGAUUCUGACUCUCGUCGGCUCUUCUGAUUUAUGCACAGAUGGUUCUGAGCAUGUUUCCAUUGCUUCGUGAUGGAACCAUCACAGCAACUAAUCAGACUUCCCGCCAGUGUCCUAACUCCCAGGUCCCUUGUUAAACAAUAUUUAAAGAUUGGAAUUUGUAUAAAGUAGCUUCCAAGUUUUAUAAUGCAUCAUUUUACAUCUUUCGUAAUUAAAAGCACAAUAAGUUUGUAUCUGCA